GAUUGGAAUACGGACACGCUCCGGACACGCUUCGUAUUGAUCAAGCCGGGCGCCAUGCCGGUGAAAGGGAAGAAAGGGCACGGGGGCCCUUCGCCAUCAUCAGAGCCGAAGAAACCGAAGACUUCAGUUCGAUCUCGACAGGUCCAGCAGAAAAAUGCAGCCGGAUCCUCCAACAAGAAGUCCAAGAAAACCAAGUCCAAACCGACUGCUUCUAAGAAAGGACAUGCGGAAGGGAAAGCGAAGGCAGAUAUUUUGGGUCCGAUCGCAAUGGAGAACGCGUAUUACACGUGCCACAACGUGCCAGAUUUGCUGCUGAACCGGGGAUUUCCGUGGCCCGCGACUGCCAAGUCCAAGAAGGGCAAGAAACGACGAAGAAAAUAAAUAAAUCGGCUCUGCUCGUCGGAAGGAACGCCUUUGAAGUCGGAAACGAAAAAAAAAUUUGUUAUUCGCUGUCGUGUCUGGUUCCCAUCAACGACGUCCGAAGGCCCGUCCGAAUAAACCGGUUGACUCAUGGGAAUGCCCUCGCAUGAGUGAACCCGUAAAUCUGUGAA